AUCGAGAACAACACGAAAAUCCAUCCGAUGGAUAAAAGGGCUCGCGUGUAUGAAGAUUUCCAACCCACGAUGGAAUGGAAGAAAGAAGCUGAAUCUGACGUUCUCCACGUUCGUCUACCAGGCUUUAAAAAGGAUCACAUAAGGGUCCAACUUGCUGGAUCCAAGACCCUGACAAUCUCCGGGGAGCACCCGCUCAGGGACAACAGAUGGAUCCGUUUCCAGAAAGAGUUCAAUCUUGCUGAAAAUUGCCGGACGAGAGGCAUUCAAGCAAGAUUCGCUGCCGAAGUACUUACAAUUGUAAUGCCAAAGACAGUUGCUCCAGCCCACCCAGAGCCCGAAGUUGAACCCAAACCCGACAUUCAAGCUGAUGAUAAAGGAAUGAAGGAGAACGGAAGGCUGAUUGAUGCUAACAAUGUGGGCCAGAAAGCUUCAGAGAAGAAGGAAGAAGAGAAGGGUGAUGAUAAGUUUGUUGAUGCUAGAAAAGCUUCUGAUGAAGAAAAGGAGGAAGAGCAAGAAAAAGAAGCCAUUAAUGGUGAAGCAAGAACUUUGGAUGGGGCGACUGAAAAUGUAAUAACUGGUGCCGGUGGUCGAGUUAUGGGACUGUGUGAAUCUAGAAUUUUGAACAUGGUUGCAGCUGUUAUGGCAGUGAUGGCGUUUGUGGUGUAUUUAAUAUCUAAACUUGGGUCUUCAGGAAAACCUGAGGCUGAGAAUUAAUCGUUUGCAAGGGAAAUGAUAUCAAAAUUUCACAAGAAUUGAGAAUCUCAGAUGAAUUCAUGUCUAUUAUUAGGGUAUUAAUGAAUUAAGAAAUUGGAU